GCAGGCCCACAAAACUUUCAAAAAGUUACCCCAAAAAUUUGUACUGGAAUGCCAAAAGUGGAGCUAAAACACAGGUCGUAUUGACUAUUGAAGAAGAAAAAUGGCGGACAGGUAUUUCCCUAAUCUGAUGCCGGAUUUUGUUCAGGAAGAUCCCACUUUGGAACAAGAAAUUCAACAAUCAGGACACAGAAUCCCAGAACAAGGCACAGAAGAAUCACUUUUUAGGCUUCUUGCAACACCUUAUACUACACUUUCUGAGAAGCUCAAGAGAGCUGCUUUGGACCUCAAGGAAACAAUAGUUGCGGUUGUGGAUACAUGGGGACUUACUGGCCAAAAAGUUGAUGACUUUACCCUCUAUUCGGGCGCUCUUGGGACUGCCCUUUUGCUCUUUAAGUCAUUUCUGGUUACCAGGAAUGGAAAUGACCUUAUUCUUUGUUCUCAGAUUGUCAAUGCCUGCGACUCUGCUUCUCUUCAUUCGAGGGAUGUGACGUUUAUAUGUGGGAGAGCUGGUGUUUGUGCUCUAGGUGCAGUGGUAGCAAAAUACUUGGGAUAUGAUCAGCUACUACAUUACUAUUUGAACCACUUCAAAGAGAUUAGGCUGACAAGAGAUCUGCCUGAUGAAUUGUUGUAUGGUAGAGCUGGUUAUUUAUGGGCAUGUCUGUUCAUAAAUGAACAUAUAGGCAGAGGAACGAUUUUGCCCACUGAGAUGGGUGCUGCUGUCAAAGAAAUCUUUAGGAGUGGGAGAAAAUUGGGUGGAAGAGGCAGGAGUCCAUUGAUGUUUGAGUGGUACGGUGAAAAGUACUGGGGUGCUGCCCAUGGUUUGGCUGGAAUCAUGCAUAUUUUAUUGCACUUUGAACUGAAGGCAGAUGAGCGUGAAGAGGUCAAGGAAACUCUUAAUUACAUGAUAAAGAACCGGUUCCCUAGUGGGAACUAUCCUGCAAGUGAAGAAGAUAAAAGGAGGGAUGUUCUGGUGCACUGGUGUCAUGGGGCUCCUGGAAUUGCACUAACACUUGUAAAGGCUGCUGAGGUUUUUGGAGAUAAAAGAUUUCUCCAAGCAGCUAUAGAUGCAGCAGAGGUUGUUUGGAAUCGUGGACUUCUAAAGCGAGUCGGAAUAUGUCAUGGGGUCAGUGGCAAUACUUAUGUCUUCCUCGCUCUUUAUCGACUGACUGGAAAUGUGGAGUUUCUAUAUCGAGCAAAGGCCUUCAGUUGCUUUUUGCUCGAUAGAGCCUACAAACUUAUAUCCAAAGGAGAGAUGCAUGGAGGGGAUAGCCCAUACUCACUCUUUGAAGGAAUUGGGGGUAUGGCUUAUCUUUUUCUGGACAUGGUUGAACCUACUAAUGCUAGAUUCCCUGCUUAUGAACUUUAAGCAUUUGCAUCGCGGGCCGAAAAGAUAGAUCUAUGGAAAAUGAUGGUUGUCGUGUAUAAAAAAACUAGUUUCUCCCUGUAUUACAUUUCUGCAUCUGCCACUGUACUUCAAUAUUCUCAAUAAUGCACCGCAUGUUUUAUUCUAGCGGCAGCAGCACGUGUUCUAUAACAAAUUAAAAAGAAUAAAACAAUUUUUAAGUUUGUCUA